AUGGAAGACAGUUCACCUAGCUAUUCAGUAAGCGCAUCGCGAAGCCAAUCUCAACCCCUACAAACACCUUCUCUUGAAAUACAAAAUUCUCAAGAUUUCUUCGGACUUACUCCUUCCCCACCUAACAAAAACAUAGAACUAAUAAGCAACUACUCCAGCUCUGUAUAUGAAACGCUCCCUAUUCUACCCUUACCUACUGUCACAUACCUUCCUCCUCAGUCUAAAAUGGUUUUCGACAGACUUAUUGAAGAUGUCAAUAAGCGUAACCACCUAAAAAUUAAGGUAAAAAAAUUUCUAUUAUGCAGAGAAGAAGAAGAAAUAAAAUCUUUCAGAUCUCCUAAAAGAUUAACGAAAGGACAAGUUGAAGAUCUUUAUAAUCGAUUAUUAGCCGAUCAACAGAAAAGACAAGAAUCUCAACGUUUAAGGCAAAUGAUGAAAGAGUGUUUUAUAAAAGAAUCACCAAAAUCUGUAAUUAGUAAACAAAAAGAAGAAGAACUUUUAGCAAGACUUAGCGGAUAUGCAAAGAAGAAGAAAGAAUGGCUCGAAAUUAUGCAAGAAAAGAAAAGAGAGCUAGAAGAUGAAGAAUUUGAAAGACUGCAAGGAUUCUUUCAGAAAAAAUGCAGGGACCCAGAUUUAUUUGAAAGACUAAGUGUGCCUAAAUCAAAACCUUCAUCUAGAAGCUUGUCAGCGACAAGACUAAAUUUUGUAUCACCACCCAGAUCUCCAACUGUAAAAGCGAAAAAAAUAUGCCUGGUGAGUAAAAAACCUAUUGAUAAAUGCAUAAGCUCUGCAAGAACACAAGAUACACUUGACGUCUCUAAUUCAAAAUCAAGCUCAUGUGAGUCAACUGUUCCAUUGUGCGUCGAUGCCAAGCCAGCAACACCUUUCAGUCCAAAGCAAGCAGGAUUAAGUCACCCAUGCACUCCUAACCCAGAGUCAACAAUGAGAACUUGGUGUACCGCAAGAGUUUCACUAGUCUCUGAAGAUAAUAAGACGGAAAGUCCAAAAGGCAAAUUUACAUUUCUCAAUGUCGAUGAUUAUUUGAACAAUCUUAAGGCAAAAAUUAAGUCAGAAAUAGCCCAAGCCAAAAAUCAAAGCUGCUUGCCUCGUGAAAUAAGCCCAAGCUUAUGGAAAAUUUUCAAAUUAUUCCCAGAACUCGAGAAAAAAAUGAAGAUUUUGCCGAGAUAA